UGCAGCAAAUAAUUGUCGUCUCUUCCCAUAAGGUCUUCGCCAGACAGAGGUUCAAAGCAGCUGCAGCCAAGAUGUCUCGUCAAGCAACCAGAUUCAUCGCUAAUCUCUCUUCAAAACUCACAUCUCGCACAUCCUCUGUAUCAUCAUCAUCGUCUUCGAGUCCGAUCUCUCAGUCGCGUUCCUUCGCCACAACUCCUCCGCCACCGGCCGUCUUCGUCGACAAGAACACACGCGUCAUCUGUCAAGGAAUCACUGGAAAAAAUGGCACCUUUCACACCGAACAAGCCAUUGAAUACGGCACUAAGAUGGUCGGGGGUGUUACCCCAAAGAAGGGUGGGACAGAGCAUUUGGGGCUGCCUGUUUUCAACACGGUUGCAGAUGCAAAAGCUGAAACCAAGGCUAAUGCAUCUGUAAUUUACGUACCUCCACCAUUUGCUGCAGCAGCAAUCAUGGAGGCAUUGGAGGCUGAACUGGAUUUAAUCGUUUGUAUUACAGAAGGAAUACCACAACAUGAUAUGGUUAAGGUAAAGGCUGCUCUUCUUCAGCAGUCAAAAACUCGGUUAAUUGGUCCCAACUGCCCUGGUAUCAUUAAGCCUGGAGAAUGCAAGAUCGGUAUUAUGCCUGGUUACAUUCACAAACCAGGACGCAUUGGUAUUGUAUCUCGGUCCGGCACGCUAACAUAUGAAGCGGUAUACCAAACGACCGUUGUCGGCCUAGGCCAAUCCACCUGUGUAGGCAUUGGUGGGGAUCCUUUCAAUGGGACCAACUUUGUUGACUGUAUGAAAAAAUUCAUUGAUGAUCCUCAGACAGAAGGUAUUGUUCUUAUUGGUGAGAUAGGUGGUACUGCAGAAGAAGAUGCCGCUGCCCUCAUAAAGGAAAGUGGGACAGAAAAGCCUAUUGUUGGCUUUAUUGCUGGACUUACCGCUCCACCUGGUCGACGUAUGGGUCAUGCUGGAGCCAUAGUAUCAGGUGGAAAGGGUACGGCACAAGACAAAAUCAAGACCCUAAAGGAAGCUGGCGUGACUGUUGUGGAAUCACCAGCAAAGAUCGGAUCUGCAAUGUUUGAGGUGUUUAAACAGAGGGGUCUUGUGUAGUGAUUCUUCUAGUGAUGUAUCAAGAACCUAUUUUCAGUUCACAAUAAACACUACCCACCCAGGCGAGUUUAAGUGAUUCUUGAGAAUUUUUAAACAAUCUUUUGUCUUUCUUUUAUGAAAAGCCAAGUGUUAUGGCAUUGUUUUUUUGCAAAUUUAAAAGUUGGAAAAAUCUACACGUAUUUGGGAUUCAAACUAUCAAAGGUUGGGUUGAACUGAACUGAACCAACUUUUUCUGCCUGUUUCUACAA